AUGAGCAAGCUUAGUGAACAAUAUUUUGGUCGUCAAGAGCAACCUAAAAAGGGCAAAAAACCCACCAAACACAACAAAGAACCAAUCAAGAUUACGUACAUUUCAAGCCCAACAUUGGUUAAAGCAACCAAUGCCUCUGAGUUUCGAGCGAUUGUUCAAGAACUAACAGGAAAAGAUUCCAAAGUUGAAGAUCACCUUGAUGCAUGUUCAGUAAUUACCAAUAUAGACGUCAGUCAAGUUCCUCAAUAUGGAACUCCACGGUUCAAUGUCGAAGGUGAGCAUGAUGUUUUUCCCAAUAAUGCAUCAUUUCUACAGACAGAAGAUGGUCUCUUUUGGGGAGAUGUUUCAGAGAGGUGUUUUGAACUUCAAUCUCCUUGGAAGAUGGUUAGACCACAUUCAAAGCAGAUUAAAACUUCACCAAUAUUCCAAGCACACCAGCAACAUAAGGAAAGGGAGCAGGACUAA